AACUUUGAAACGUGUCAGUAAACAAAGGCAACAUUCCAAGACUUAAACAGAAGUUCUGAACUGAGUCUUGAAAAAUCUUGCGCGAGUACGAUGCCAAAAGAAUUCGCUUUCUUUUUGUCUAAAUUUUCUAUUCCAUAAAUUGCGCCAUUUGGUCACCGGUGCUAACCUCUGCCACCCCUGAUUUCGCUUUCUACAAGUGGAGACUCCACUAUCUCCAAUGCUUUUGAUACAUAAGUUUUAAUUCUAUUUCCCUUGUAAAAAUCACAUUCCUCUUCAUUACCUUUGCUUACGAUUCAAUAUUAGUCACCCACAGGUUGAUUGAAUUGAUGGGUACCAAAAAAUAUUUCACGCUCACUACCCAUUUAGAUUUUUUUGUCAAGGAGUUUUUGUGCAGAGACAUGUUUAGCUCUGUUGAUUCUUUCAGGGAUUUUGUUUCCAAGUUCUUGCUUUUUGUUUUUGGGUCAGUAGUUUCAUAUAUUUUCAGCUUCAGGCAGUCGAGUGGUAAUAUUCGAAUUGAUUCAGGGGUUUGUAGGGAUUCAAAGAUUGAUGAAUUUGUGGGAGAAGAGAAUAGUUUGCAGGUUCAAAAUGAAGAUCGUGUUGAUGAAUCCGCUCAAGUAAACGACAACUCUGUUGUCACGGAAAUUACCAAGUAUGAGUUCUUGUCUGGGAAAUAUGUCAGUGGCUUCAUGGAAGAGCCAAAGAAUUUUGUCUUUUCUGUGCAAGAAUUUUAUGUGGGUGGCUUCUGUGAUCAUACCGACACUCAUAUUGGUGGAAUUCUUCAUACUGAAGAAGCUUUUCAUCAGGAGAAAACAGAGGACUCUGUUAAAGAUUUUUCAAUGAAACAGGAGGAGGGAACUUUCAGUGGCGUUGAAGGGAGGGUUUUUACAGAAUAUAAAUUUAUGCAAAAAUACGAUGCUUCAAGCAAAGUUGAUAAUCUUUUGGAAGACAGGUCCUUGUCAGUUGAUUCAGAGUCAGAAACGACUGACUCUGAUUAUGUUUGUGAUUCAACUGAAAGUCCUGAGGCCAAAUUUGAGAAGGCAGAAAAUAUUGAAAGCAUGAUGGAUCAAGCAACGUCAGUUAUGCGAGACCAAGCAAAUUAUUCUGAUGAUGAUUAUUACAGAGAAUUGAAAUUUGUGUCUCAAAAUUCAAGUCUCUUGGAUGAGGAUAUGUGUUCUAUUCAGGAUUUGAUGGAACCCCACAAUAAAAAUGAGGAGGAAGAUUUUGUUCAUUUAGAGACAGUCCCAUUUGAUCUUAGUACUAGAAUUUCUGAAGAACCCCAGUUGAAUCAAGAGGAGGAAGAUUUAGUUUACGAAGGAACAAAUCCUGUUAAGGGUUCAAUAGAAUUUGAAGAAUCUGGGUUCAAGCAUAAAGUUUUCAACUCAUAUGAUGAUGAUGAUGAUGAUGAUGAUUUUGAGUUCUUCAAAGAACAUGAGGAUAUUGUAGAGCAGUUGAGAAUGGAACUGAGAAAUGCCAGAACCGGAGGGCUUGCAACCAUCAUGGAAGACUCAGAGUCAGAGUCUUGUAAGAUGGUUGAAGAACUAAAACCUUUGAAUAUUGAUAAAAAGUGGGAGCACAAAGAUCAAAUGGUUGAAAUUCACAAGUUCUAUAAGAGCUACUUGAACAAAAUGCGAAAAUUGGAUGUUUUGAAUUCCCAGACCAUGCAUGCAAUUGGUUUACUUCAACUGAAAGAGCCAGGUCAAUCAAUUAAAACCCAGAAGUCUUCAUUUCCAGUAAUUAAGUCUCUUCUCUUACAUAACCAAUGGUGUUACAAACAGCAGAGGUCUGAAUCCAACUCUGCACUUAAGUUCAUCAGAGAACUGCACAGGGAUUUUGAAUUGGUGUAUGUGGGACAGCUGUGUCUUUCCUGGGAAAUUCUCCAUUGGCAAUAUAGGAAAGCCUUUGAAUUGCUCGAAUAUGAUUGUCAACAACUUUUUCAGUAUAAUCAAGUCGCUGAUGAAUUCCAAAUUUUUCAAGUGCUUCUGCAAAGACUUGUAGAGAAUGAACCAUUCCAAGGCCAACCCCGUGUCCAAAACUAUGUGGAAAGCCGGCGUGCUCAUUGCAAUCUUCUUCAAGUUCCUGUCAUUAAAGAUGAUAAUUUGAAGGAUAAAAAGGGAAGAAGAGGAGAUGGAGAAGGCACAAUUACAAGUUCAAUGUUAACAGAAAUAAUUCACAAAUCAAUGCGUGUGUUCUGGGAAUUUCUUCGUGCUGAUAAAGAUGAAGCCUAUGUAACAUUAAAGGGUCCUGAGCUCCAAGACUCCAUAGAUUCAGAGCUUCUAAUAGAAAUCCGAACAGAUUUUCAAAAGAAGGAGAAAAGGCUAAAAGAAAUAUUAAGAAGUGGUAGCUGCAUAGUCAAGAGAAUCCAAAAGCAUCCUGAAGGGGGAUUAAAUUACGCGAUGUUCUUCGCCCAGGUUGAAUUGAAGCUGGUUUCAAGAGUGCUAAAUAUGUCAAAAUUAACAAGAGAUCAAUUAGAAUGGUGCCAUGAGAAGCUAGCCAAAAUUAGCUUUUGCAAUAGAAAACUAGUCUUAGAACCCUCAUUUUUGCUCUUCCCUUGUUGACAAAUAUUGCCAACAUCUUCAUUUUUCUUACUAGAUACAUGCUUCUCGACGAGGUUUAUACAAACAAGUGCAAACAAAAGUAGAUAUAGAAUUUAGAUUAUUCUGGGUUGCUGGAAUUAUUAUACAGUUGUGUAUAAAUUAUAAUGUAGAAAAAUUACUCAUUCAAUUCGGGGAUGGUUUAUAAAUUUCCUGACAUAUAUGUGUUAUCUUUA